GGUGCCCCGCCCGCCGGGCGCGGGCGGGGCCGCGCGGCCGCGCGGCCGGCCCCUCGGGCCCGCGGCCGAGCCUCGGGCCCCAGGCCCCCUGGCCGCUGGCGCCACUGCAGUUUGCGCUGGACGCCCGGGGGCCUGCGCGGCCCGCUAGAGAGGCCGCCCGCCAGAGAGGGCCGGGCCCCGAUGCUCGUCCUCCCGAUCGCGCAGCGGAAAGGCGCGCCGCCGCAGGGAGAGCACGAGGGCGAGCCUCCCGCGCCCUUCCCGGUGGGAGAUCAUGGUGCGCAG